CUAGGCUGGGCUCCGCGCAGACGUCGGCGGCCGCGCACGGCAGGGAGCUGCGCCCCCGCGCAGGAUGCGCGCUGCCCCCGGCCGGGCCGCGGAACAAAGAGGAGCAGCCGCCGCCUGCCGCCGCCUCCCGGCCCCGGGCUGAGCCGCGGCACUGCCCGCAGCCACCUGCUGCUGCCGCCGGCUCCUCCCUGCGCGGAGCGGGGCGCGGAGCUGUCCGCGGCCCUGUCCCUGGUGCUGCCGCCCAGCCCUGCCCUGCCCUCGCCCGGCACCCUCGCAGCGCCGCCCGCCGCCCGCCCGCCGCUCCCGGAGCCCUGCCGGCAGCGCGGCCGGCGGCCCCCGGGCACCCUGUUGCGCUGAGUCCAGAGGCAGCAGCGGGAGGAGAAGCCGAAGGAGCUCCUGCCCAGGCUGAGAGCUGCGCCCGGAACAAUGGCUGCGCUGCCAAUGCUGCUCGGUGCCUCUUCGGCCGCCUUGGUGCUCUGGGCUGGUUUUUGCUCUGCAGUAUGUGUUGAAGUCCCUUCAGAGACAGAGGCUGUCCAAGGGAAGGACAUGAAGCUGCUCUGCAUCUCCUGCAUGAAGAGGGAAGAGGUCACAGCCACCACGAUGGUGGAGUGGUACUACAAGCCGGAUGGUGGCAAAGAUGAACUUAUCUACAAGCACAAGAACGCGAACCAGGAGCUGCCCAGCCGCUUCAGCGGGCGGCUGCAGUGGAACGGGAGCAAGGACAUGCAGGAUGUGUCCAUCACGGUGCUGAACGUCACCCUCAACGACUCGGGCACCUACACCUGCAACAUCACCCGCGAGUUCGAGUUCGAGAUCCACAGGCCCCUCUUCACCAGCUCCAGGGUGAUCCACCUCACGGUGGUGGAGGAGGCUGGGGAAGACUUCACCUCAGUCAUCUCUGAAAUUAUGAUGUAUAUUCUGCUGGUCUUCCUCACCUUGUGGCUGCUGAUAGAAAUGGUUUACUGCUACAGGAAGGUCUCCAAGGCAGAGGAGGCUGCCCAGGAGAAUGCGACAGACUACCUGGCAAUCCCAUCAGAGAACAAGGAGAACUGUGCCGUGCCAGUGGAGGAAUAGCAGAGGGGAGCCGGCGGAGCCAGCGGCACCAAGGGGCUCUGAAGACAGAAGGACCUCACCAUGCCCAGCCAGGUUUGAGGGGGAGCUCUGCACCGUCGGGAGGAGAUGCAGGGAAGCGUAAACUCUCUUCCACUCGCCUCGGACUCUGUACAGCCUUGACUUUGGCCUGAUGACUCCGUUGUGAGCUGCCAGCCCUAGUGCUGAAGGACUCUCCUCUUGCAGCAUGCUGGGCAAAGGGCAGAGGGGUGUGGGCAGCACGGCUCCUCCCCACGGCUCCCUCCCGUCCUCACGGUUAAUCGCUUGGUCAGUGUCACAGUGUCAUUUCUUAGCUGCUCUCACACCACCUUUGUUUGCUGAAUGUGCCACUUCUCCAUUGCAGAGGUAAGGGGGAUGGAUGCCAUGUUACCCUGCCCUGCAGGGCUGGGAAUGAAGUCAUGGAACCACAGAACUGGCAGGGCUGCAAGGGACCUCAAGGCUCAGCCA